AUGAGGACCACUGUAGUUCUGCUGGUGUUACCGGGCUGCUGUCUGACUGGGGCUCGGCUUCAGAAGGAAGGAGGAGAGAUCACCCAACGAAACCUCCAACCCGACAUCUGGACCGAGCUGAAGGAGCUGAGAGACAUGGUGGUGGAGCAGAGAGUUGAACUGCGAGUUGUGGAAGGCAGGCUGAAAGCCAGUGAGAACCAGGUGGCCCAUCUGAAGACGGAGAAUGAAGCCCUCAGAGAGAUGGUUACUGAGCAGAGAAGUGAACUGGGAGCCACAAAGACAGAACUGGGAACUGUGGAAGCCAGGCUGAAAACCAGUGAGAGCCAGGUAGAGGAACUGAGGAGGGAGAUUGCAGACAGACCGAAGGUGGCGUUCUCAGCUGUGUUAACUGAUGCUGGAAAUGUAGGACCCUUCAACACAGACGUCACCCUGGUCUACGCUAAAGUCAUCACAAAUAUUGGCAAUCACUACAGCCCAGCUACAGGGAUCUUCACAGCGCCGGUGAGAGGAGUCUACUACUUCAGAUUCACUGCUUUUGGUUUUGGCUCUCAUCUCAGAAUAGGGUCAAUGCUGUAUAAGAAUGGACAACGCAUAGUUUAUGUAAGUGAUAGCCAGGGAUCUGGAGAACAAGAUGAUUACUCAUCCAAUGCGGCCGUACUCCAGCUGGAGGUGGGAGAUCAGGUCUACAUGCGACUCCCGUCAAACAACAAGGUGUAUGAUGAUACGUUCAAUCACUGCACCUUCAGUGGCUUCCUGCUCUUCCCCAGUCUGUAA